GACUCGGAUCCUGUCUCCCUCGGAUUAAAUUUUCAAUUUUGUCUGUUAGAUCUCUUUCUCUCUCUCUCUCUCUCUUUCUCAUCUCUUUUUCUUUUUCAUUACUAAUUUUUAAGCUCAAAAGCCUCAUUUGACUCUCUCUGACAUACCCUUUUCUUUCUUUUACUUCAAAACCUACUAUGGCUGACCACCAGUACGGCUCACCUGAUCUCCGGCAACUUGUGGCGGGAAGAAACCAUUUUCAGGGAAUCCCACUUGCUACCGAGCCAUUUUUUCUUCAAACCAGGACUCACGGACCACAAGUCCACCACUUUCAUCAUGACUCCACCGUACCAGCAGCUCAUUCUGGUGCUGAGGUAAUGCUGCCUUCUGGCUUCAUCAAGCUUGCUCAUGACCAUUAUUAUACCAAUGCCGCUACUAUUCCUACUACUGCUGCUGCUGCUGCUGCUACUGCUGCUACUAGUUCCGGUGCUGGAGGUUCGUUCUUUGGAGUGGAUAUGGAAAAUGGAUGGAUUGGAAAUGAUGCUGGGAACAAUAGUAGAUGGCCAAGGCAAGAGACUCUCACUCUUCUUGAGAUCAGAUCUAGACUUGAUUCCAGGUUCAAGGAGGCUACUCAUAAGGGUCCACUAUGGGAUGAGGUUUCUAGAAUCAUGGCUGAGGAACAUGGUUAUCAGAGAAGUGGAAAAAAAUGUAGAGAGAAGUUUGAGAACUUGUACAAGUACUACAAGAAAACCAAGGAAGGUAAAGCUGGAAGACAAGAUGGGAAGCAUUACAGAUUCUUUCGCCAGCUUGAAGCCCUUUAUGGAGAAACAAGCAAUCAAACUUCAGCAUCAGAAACCCACUUGGUUAAUCCUACUUCUUCUUUUCUUUAUCAAACACCCACAAGCCACACAAUUAACCAAGAAAAUCAAGAAUCCUUGCAAGAAACCAAGCUCACUGAGAGCCUAAGUUUCUCCAACACAUUCGAAUUCGAGACUUCUUCUUCCGAGAACAAUGACGUUGAUCUUUCUGCUGUUGCAUACAUGAUGAACCAAUCGACUGAGAAAAUGAAAGGAUUAAGUGAAAGCCAAAGCUAUACGAAGGGUAAGAAGAGCUGGAAAGCCAAGGUUAAGGAGUUUGUGGACUUGAAGAUGAGGAAGUUGGUGGAGAGACAAGAAGCUUGGAUGGAGAGAAUGUUGAAGACAAUUGAAGAUAGAGAACAAGAAAGAAUAUACAGAGAAGAAGAGUGGAUGAAGCAAGAAGUGGCUAGACUAGACCGGAUACAUGAAUUCUGGGCUAAAAAAAGAGCAUGGAUUGAAGCUAGAGAUGCUGCUUUAAUGGAGGCUUUGAAGGAACAUACGGGGAAAGGAUUAGAACUACCAUCAUCAUCAACAUCAUUUGACGAGCAAAUAGCCAUAGAAACUCAAAGCCACUAUAGAUACCAAGAUCGAAAUGCUAAAAAGAUCGACAUGCAUGAAACGAGCUCUAUGAGAUGGAUGGAGCCAGAGAUUCUUAGCUUAAUACAACUCAGAACAACCAUGGAACCAAGAUUCCAAGAAAGUGAGUAUUCAAAAGAAGGUCUGAGGGAGGAGAUAGCAGCAAAAAUGGAUAGUUUGGGGUAUGAUCAGAGUACGGAUGAGUGUAAAGAGAAAUGGGAGAAGAUGAACAACUACUUUAACAUGACAACAACAGAGGGGAACAAGAAACGCAAAGAAGAUCUGAGAACCAGCAAUUAUUUCCAAUCACUUGAUCCUUACAAUGAUCAAGAAAUGGCCAAACUUGAUGAGAGAUUGAACAACUCACCUUCAUCAAAUUCUUAUGUGGGUAGCCAAGUUAAUGGCAGCAACUGCUAUCAUCAAGACCCCAUUAAUGGAGGAGGGCACUUGUGGAACAAGUAUGGUUUGAAGCUGAGCAAAGAGAAGAAUCAACUACUUUAGCACAUGAAGCAGAACAAAGAAUUAGAAAAGAUAAGGAAAAGGUGCAGAAAGGAAUCUUCAGUUCCCUCUUUCAUUAGAUGUGUAGAUUUAACUUGUUGAUGAAGAGAAGGUAAACACUUAUUGCAAUGAGUGACCAUUGGAGAAUGCAGAUAUAUAUGGGUUUGUUAAUUUGUUUGAGUAAAAAUUGAAACUCACUUUGGGAUGGGAGUUUUUUAAUCAUUUAAAAAAUUGCUUUACUUAGUAAGCCUCUUCUUCCAGACUACAAGGUCUAGAAUUCGAAUGCAGCCAUAGUCAUUUAUAUUAAACAAAAAGCUUUUUUCCAAAUAAUAACAAUAAUCAUAAGAGCUGAGGUUUGAGGGUUAUGGCUGUACCUUUGUUCAAAAAAUAAUUGUAUAUUAAUGUCCAGUUAAGUCUUAGGAGAUGAGAUGGUGUGAAUUUUCUUUUUAAUUAGAGAUUUCGAGUUCAAAAUUAAAUUAAAUGUUGUAUUAUUCAAGA